GUAACCCUCCCAAGGCAUUGCUCGAUCAGCGUUUCAAGCUCUGCGCCACCCCACCACGCCUUUGUAGGAUCGGCGUGCACCAAGGCCACAAUCACACGACGUCCUAGAUCGAGUAUUGCUAAGGGUCGCCGGAUUCUGAAGAAAAUCCAUAUAUCUAUAUAUCAAGUAGGUCACUGAAGGCUGCAGUUUUUAUAUUCACCAUUCAGAGGCUGAACUUUCACUUCUGUUGGAUCUGGUUGAUGGAACAGAAAAAAUGUUUGAAGCCCUGAUAGUUGGAGAUCCUUCAGGCAUAUAAGCAAGCUCUGCAUUUGCGCAAGGUUGCUCGCCAUGGAGACUAUCACAGUUGGACAGCUUCUCUUUCUUCUAAUUAUUUGCAGUGCACAUGUUGUCCAUGGCUCCUUUAAUGGCAAUGAGACAGAUCGGCUAUCAUUGGUUGAAUUCAAGAAGGCAAUCACUCGUGAUCCACAGCAAGUCAUGUUGUCCUGGAAUGACAGUACUCACUUCUGCAAUUGGGAAGGGGUCUUGUGCCGGGUGAAGAAUCCACAUCGUGUCACUUCCCUUAACCUCAGUGGUCGUGGCUUAGUAGGGAACAUUUCUCCAUCAAUAGGAAAUCUAACAUUCUUAAGAUAUCUAUUACUUCCAAACAAUGUGUUCAUGGGACAAAUCCCUCCACCUCUAGGUCAUUUGCGUCGCAUCCGGUAUAUCUACUUGAGUAAUAACACACUCCAAGGGGAGAUACCUGAUUUCGCAAACUGUUCUAGUCUCAAGGGGAUAUGGCUGAAUGGCAAUCGCCUCGUGGGACAAAUGCCUACAUAUGCUAAUUUGCCUCCUCUCCUUGAGGUACUGCAGAUUUCCAAUAAUAAUAUUACUGGAACAAUUCCACCUUCCAUUUCUAAUAUUACAGCAUUAAUUGGACUCGGUAUCAUGUCUAAUAAUAUUGAUGGAGAAAUCCCAAGUGAAAUUGGGAAGUUUCCAAUGCUACAAAUCUUUUCCUCUUCGGCGAAUAAGCUAUCAGGAAGGUUUCAACCAGCCAUCCUUAAUUUAUCUUCUCUUGUAGAACUCAUUCUUGCCUCCAAUUAUCUCAAUGGAGAGUUGCCAUCCAAUCUUGGUAGUUCAUUACCCAAUCUACAAACGUUCUGUGUAUAUAACAACCUCUUUAAAGGGCAUUUUCCAAUUUCAUUGAUAAAUGCGUCUAAGUUAUUCGUGCUCGACAUGUCAAAGAAUAAUUUCACUGGAGUGGUCCCUAGUUCUAUUGGCAAACUGAAGGAACUGUCCUGGUUAAAUCUUGACUACAAUCAAUUCCAUGCACAUGACAAGCAAGACUGGGAUUUCAUGUAUAGCCUAUUCAAUUGCACAAAGUUACAAAUAUUGUCAUUAGCAGCGAAUCAGCUUGAAGGAAAGAUACCAAUUUCUUUUGGCAACCUUUCUGUGUGGCUUCAAGACUUGUUUCUUGCAAGCAACAAAAUAUCAGGGCUUCUUCCUACUGGUAUAGAAAACUUUCGCAGCCUGACAACUCUUGCUUUGCAGGAAAAUCAGUUUACAGGUCCCAUUCCAGAAGGGCUAGGAACCCUAAACAAAUUGCAAAGAUUAUAUUUAUCCAACAAUAUCUUUACAGGGAGUAUUCCUUCCUCCCUCUCAAACUUAUCUCGACUGGGACAGCUCAUGCUGGACUCUAACAAGUUGGAUGGAGAGAUCCCCCCAAGUCUGGGAAACCUCAAAGUCCUCGAAAUACUGGAAAUUUCCACCAACAAUCUUCAUGGUAGCAUACCAAAGGAGAUUUUCAACAUUCCUACAACAAUACAGAUCGGGUUAUCUUCCAAUAGCCUAAGCGGACCACUUCCUCUUGAAAUAGGCAAUGCCACGCAACUACAAUAUCUGUAUCUUUCAACAAAUAACCUGUCCUGACGCAUUGGGCAACUGUGAAA